AUGGCGAAGAGUAUCACGGUGAAGAAGGGUGCCGUCGCUUCUGGCAGCUCUAGCAGUGUCGAGGGCGGUGCAGCGCUCGCGGGCACGAUCAGCAGGGAUUUCAAAGAGGCGUUCCGCCUGUCGCUGGCCGACUACGGGAAGCAGUGGCGUGCAGACCGCCGGCUGCGUGCGCUGGAUCUGUUUGCCCUAGCGCUCGUUGUGCUUGGGGCAGUGCAAUUGCUGUUUGUCGCUCUCAUUAGGGACAACUUCCCCUUCAACGCGUUUCUCGCUGGGUUUAUCGUGUGCGUGGGCCAGUUCGUGCUGCUCAUGUGUCUCAGGCUGCAACUUGUGGCACCACUGGAGGGGGUGUCUAGGGGCAGAGCCCUGGGGGAGUUCUCGAUUGCGUCGCUCGUGUUGCACUUCGUGUGUUUGCACUUCAUCAAUUGA